GUCAUAGUUCUUUGCGAUCGUGUCCCAAUCUCUCUCACGUUGCCAACGUUGAGCGGGGCCCUCCUCUUACGAAUCUGACAAUCUAUUUCACUUUCUGUGGUACCUGCUCUCAUCCAUCGCCCAUCGCUCGUCGUUUUUGCUCUUCUAUCGCUCUAGGCUUACUUGGAUUUGUAAGGGCUUGGAUCGCACCGAUUGGAUCUUCUCCGAUUAGAUUCAAGGAUCGGCAAGAUGAAUGACGCUGAUGUUUCCAAGCAGAUCCAGCAGAUGGUGAGGUUCAUCCGCCAGGAAGCUGAGGAAAAGGCCAACGAGAUCUCUGUCUCUGCUGAAGAAGAAUUCAAUAUUGAAAAGCUGCAGCUGGUUGAGGCAGAGAAGAAGAAAAUCAGGCAAGAGUAUGAGAAGAAGGAGAAGCAAGUUGAAAUUCGGAAGAAGAUCGAGUACUCCAUGCAGCUCAAUGCUUCUCGGAUCAAAGUUCUGCAAGCACAGGAUGAUGUAGUGAACUCCAUGAAAGAGGCAGCGUCAAAAGAACUUCUUAAUGUCAGCGGAAAUGAACAUGUCUACAAAAAUCUGUUGAAGGAACUCAUUGUUCAGAGCUUGCUUCGACUGAAAGAGCCAGCUGUUUUGUUGCGAUGCCGCAAAAGUGACCUCCAUUUGGUGGAGUCUGUGCUGAGUUCAGCAGCAUAUGAAUAUGCAAAUAAAGCGGAAGUUCAUGAGCCAGAGAUCAUCGUUGACCAUGUCCAUCUUCCACCCGGUCCAAGCCAUCACCAUCAUCACGGUCCCUUUUGUUCUGGAGGUGUAGUAAUGGCAUCUCGAGAUGGGAAGAUUGUCUGUGAGAACACCCUUGAUGCUAGGUUGGAUGUCGUGUUCCGUAAAAAGCUUCCUGAGAUCCGAAAAAGCCUUUUCAGUCAAGUUGCUGCAUGAUGUGGACUGCUUUCGACUCUUUCAUGGUGCUUCCUGUGAAAUAAUUUAUGAGUCCAAAUUUGGUCUUUUAAUGCGAAUUAUAUGUGUCCCAAAUGUUGCUUAUCAAUAAGUAUUGCAUUCUUUGAUUUUCUUUAUCUGAUAGUUACUAUUGUUCUUGGUGUUUGAUUCACAGCUCUACGGGGAGUUUGGUGCCCCCUAUCGACUCCAUAGUAUUUCUGGUAUCAGUAUUAUUCCAGCUUCAUAUUUCCUUUAGUUUUUAAGUCUUUUCUUAUGUGCACAUCAUUCAGACUACUGUCCUUAUAAUGUAAUAUGACAUUUCUCUUCUAAAGGCUGUUGUUUCAAGUUA